AUGAUGCGCGCACACGACCAACGGAGCCAUGAGUUGAUGCAGCAACAAGCACGCACACCAGUCCAGACGAAUCACAUGGAGUCGUCUGUAACUCGCUUACUUGUUGCAACCAAGAUGUUGCUCGAGUCACUAACGCAGUGGGCGCUCCGGAAAGAUACCGAGACAAACGUCUCGCGGAUAUACGUGCGUCUCGGGAACGACUUCAAUGCGUCCAUCACAGCGUUCAUGAGCGCUGGUAUCGACAUGAGAAAGUGA